CACGCGUUAUCUCGAGAGAUCGAGACUCGAAAUCUCGGUCGGUCUUUCUUUCGUGAUUCCACGCGUAGGAAAGAACUAAUAAUGGCGGACGCUGCUCCAGCCGCUCGCGGAGGCUUUCGUGGAGGUUUCGGUUCUCGCGGAGCUGGAGGCGAUCGUGGAGGCCUGAGAGGUCGAGGUCGAGGCAGAGGUCGAGGACGCGGCCGUGGACGCGGCAAGGAAGACAGCAAAGAGUGGAUCCCCGUCACCAAGCUGGGUCGUCUGGUCAGAGACGGCAAGAUCCAAUCCCUCGAACAUAUCUAUCUAUUCUCCUUACCAAUCAAGGAGUACGAGAUUAUCGACAAGUUCCUUGGACCGGAUCUGAAGGACGAGGUUUUGAAAAUCAUGCCUGUACAGAAGCAGACCAGGGCAGGUCAACGUACACGUUUCAAGGCUUUCGUCGCCAUCGGAGACAGCAACGGUCACAUUGGACUGGGAGUCAAGUGCUCGAAGGAGGUGGCCACUGCGAUUCGCGGUGCCAUCAUCCUCGCCAAGCUCUCCGUCGUUCCUGUUCGACGCGGUUACUGGGGCAACAAGAUCGGCAAGCCUCACACGGUGCCGUGCAAGGUGACAGGGAAAUGCGGCUCCGUGCAGGUGCGCCUGAUACCGGCGCCUCGUGGUACCGGCAUCGUGUCCGCCCCGGUUCCCAAGAAGCUGCUGCAAAUGGCUGGUAUUGAGGACUGUUACACCUCGGCCAGGGGAUCCACCUGCACGCUCGGCAACUUCGCCAAGGCGACUUACGCCGCGAUCGCCAAGACGUACGCAUACCUUACGCCCGACUUGUGGAAGGAGCAGGCUCUUGCUAAGGCGCCGUAUCAAGAAUACGCCGACUUUCUGUCGAAGACACACAAGGGAGGCGUUAGAGCGGCCGAGGUUGUCUAAAUAAAACGUUCUCCAGGCCCAGGAGAGCCUUUUGAAAACAUUGUAAAA